AUGUCCGGCCCUCUCUUCGGCAUCGUCCCAGCCGGCCAGCCUCUGCUGACGGACCCAACAUCGGCGCCCUCGGAAACCUCCUUCCUCUACUCCAUCUCCGCCGCCAGACCCUUCUCCCACAUCACAGUCAUGCUCCUCCCGGGCAUGGUUCUACCCCCCGACACCGCAGCCGCAAUUUACUUCGCCACGGCCGCCGACGUCGCCGCUGCAACCGUAACGGGCCAGGCGCCAAACUUCAAGUUCCUCGGCGGCAUCGGCACAGGCAAAGAAAGCGCCACGUUCAAACUCAACGCCGGCAGCAAUGCCAACAACAACAACAACAACAACAACGGCGGCGACCCCAGCGUCAUGAUUGGCGUCUCGGUUGAGCCUGCCGAGUCUGUCUUCUCCCGCAUCCAAGAGAUCUCCGCCAACAAGGCCUCCUCCUCCAACAACGCUUCCCAGCCGUCCACGCAGCUUCUGGCGCAGAACAUAAUCAAAAACGCCUUCAACUUCCUCGCGAGCUUCAGCGGCACGGCCGGUCCCGGAGGCGUCGAGGUCGUCCCGCUCAAGGCAUUUGAAGAGUGGUGGAAAAAGUUUGAAAGUCGCGUUCGGUCCGAUCCGAGCUUCCUCGAAAGGCCGCAAGAUUGA